UUCGCUGUGGGCUUUGUGGUGUUGUCUUUGUUUUGUUUACAAUCUUGGGCCAACGUUCUAAAAGAAAAUGAAUCAAGGUCUGGUAUGCUUGAAACUCGURUCGUAAAUGGUAGAAAAGCUAGAGUGAACGAGUUUCCAUGGCAAGUCUACUUAGAAAGAAACGGUCRUUUCAUUUGUGGAGGGUCAAUCAUCAGGCGUGAUUGGAUCUUAACAGCUGCUCACUGUGUUCGUAAACAACCAUUUGCUAAUAGAUACAGAGUCACUGUGGGUGCACAGGCAAGGCGUGGUAGAAUAUCUGCUUACAAGAAAACAUAUCGAGUGAAAAAGCUGAUUUAUCAUCAUCAUUAUUUCCGUCGCCAUAUUCGAUAUGAUGUGGCUCUCCUCCAGCUAGACAGCUCAGUCAAGAUCAGUAAAGGUGUUAAGAUCAUUAGCCUUCCUCGUCGGAAUACAAGAGCYCGCAUCGGUCAAAAAUGCUAUGUYACUGGAUGGGGUCGUUUGGGAGGAGGAAAGCGAUUACCUAAUAUCCUUCGGGUUGCCGAUAUAAGAAUAGCACAUUUCAACCACUGCCGAAAAAAGAAUGGUCCUUUGGUACACGAUCCAACGAUGGUUUGCGCUGGAGCUCAAGGCAAAGGUUCUUGUAAUGGUGACAGUGGAGGUCCUUUGUCGUGCAAAGAGAAUAAUCGAUUUGUUCUAAGAGGUGUUACGAGCUGGGGCAUAAGAGGUUGUCUUACCAAUCGAUUUUCUGUAUUUGCAAGAGUCAGCAGUUUUCUUGGAUGGAUCAACAAAGUCAUUGGUUCUGGUGGAUGUAAGAAGAUCAAAUGCCUAAAUGGUGGAAAAUCCUACUGUCAUGGUAAAGUGGCAAAAUGCCGAUGUAAACCAUACUACGCUGGUCCACGCUGUGGAAAAAGGUUGUGUCCAAACGUCCACGGUGGUUGUUUCCAUGGCAAAGUACGCUGCAUUAACCGGUUCUAUUCUUACUGUCAUUGUAACAGAGGAUAUACUGGAGUGAAUUGUGAAAUAGGGAGAACAUCUUGUCCACCAAUAUAUUGCUUGAGUAGAGGAUCACCUCGUUGUCUUCGUUUGUUUCGUGGUGUUUUCUAUUCUUGGUGCAAAUGUAGUGCGGGCUUCGCUGGACGAUACUGCCAAUACAACAAAGGCUGGUUCUAAUCUGGACAUGACCUCUAUUUUGGAGGUAAAGGGAUCUGGACUAAUAUUGAAAUGGACAACCAGGCACUUAAUUUGACAUGUAAAGCACAAAGCAUGCACUUUAUUAACUAAUUAGUAAGAUGUACGGCAAUAGACCUUAAUAUUACAUAAAAGCUGGUCAACACCAAUCAAGUUUCUCAUUUAAAUCUUUACUUUUUGUUAUUUCUCAAAUAAAAACUUCAACCAUCAGAAAUUCAA